CCGUAGAGGCUUAAUGUGCGUUUUGAGAGCACCUUUAAGCUCUCGAAAAUCCAGGCUAGUUCGAACAAUGAAGUCUUCUUUCUUGCCAGUAGCGGUAGGGAAGUUUGCAAAAAAAAUCCCCAAUGGAUAUUGCUGAAAAUUGCUUUGACAAGGCUCAUAUAGUUAAGCAAAUCUGAUAGUGGAAGUGGUAUAACUGUGAAUCUAGGGGCUAUUUUAACUUUAUGUCAAUAUGUCGAAAGGCACUCGUACAAGACUGAUUGAAAAAAAGAUGAUCCACCACCGUAUGGCGAAUUCUCUGUCACGAUCAAAAGAGCUGGAAGCGGGAAUUGUUCCUUUUUGCACUAUGAAACGGUUGACGUCCUACAAGUUCUUCCUUCCACUUUAGAAAGCACCAACAGAUUACCCAAUACCUGGAUUGUUCGAGUUAGAUGUAGCCUCUCGUAUCGGCACACUUACUUAAUGCUAAUGACUAAAAGAUCUACCUGAAUCUGCUCAAGCUGGCUUUCCACAUCCAGGUCUUUUUCGAAUCAGCUUGUCACAUCUUCCAAAAUAUCGUCAUAAUGUGGAAUUUGCACCAAGAACCCAUAAACAUUCGUUAUCAGGCAUCACCGUUCUCAAAAGCGGGGGUCUUCUACAUCUCCGCGCUGAUUCUCACUUUUAUUCCCCCAUUGUUGAUUGCAUAUCGAAGUCAAGGCUUUUGGCAGAGGGUGGAUACCUAUCGAGAGCAACCCGAAAUCCAUUUUCAACACGAACUCGUUCUCUAUCUGGAGACGCUACUGCCGGACAAAUCUUUGGGCUGGAGCACGUUCAAAAACUACAAUCAACUUCUUCAAGAUCGUGUGAGGGUCCCUUUCAUCCAGGAAAGUAUUCCUAUUCAUAGUAUGCAAGCUUGUAUCCUCCAUUGUACUCAAAAAAACUCGCAAACGUCGGAAACCGAUUGGAAUGGUGAUGGCAAGUUGGAUGGCUUAAAUCUGACCCUCACUAUUCCUAUUGCCAAUGAAGAACAAAUACGUGGAAUCACCCUACUCCUGCUCUUUGAUGUGAAAUUGCACCGUCUGUCUUCGGCUCGUUUGAGCGGGUUAGCCUUCAUUCAUGAGACGUCGGUGUUUGAUGGGUCCGGCAUCAGCAUGAGUGCAGACUUGGUUCUCCAUCAGAAGCAACCCGUGGCAUCCAAGGGUCGGGACUCAAGAUUCCGGGAGCCCAUUUUUGAUGGAUCCUCCUUGAACCCCGAGACAUUCAAGUUUUCAAAGGUGCUACAACAAUACGCGAAACGAAAUCUCACAACAAGGCUUUCCAAUCAAUAUUCCACCUGGACGAGGUGCGGUUCAGGGCUUAAUCAAGCAUUCAGUGUUGAUAUUCAAAUCCAAUAUCCCGAGCAAACAAUAUCCUAUACACCGGGAAUUUGGCAGGUUCUCAAAUGGGCUUGGGUCCAAUAUUUGUCCAUUGCCAUCGUGUUUAUGGCCAUUUUUCGCCAAUUCAGGUCACAUGUGUUCACUUCGCAAGUGUUCCCUGUGGUGCGCCGAAAAGAUACUUUCUAACCGAAUCCAAUCCAAUGCUACUUUCAGUAAUUUUUGCGCACUUCUACCAAUCUGAACGAAAACAAGUAAUACAUUUGUUUGGUUCGUUUGUGUCAAUCUCUUGUUUAUUUCAUCAUCAAUGAACAUUAGAAGCAUGAUUUUCGGUGUAGGUGUUCGUAUUGGGUGUUUCGCAAUGCCAGUAACUCGUAUGCACUUUGUUCGUCAUCUCCUGCAAAAACGAAUGUUGAGGUUCAUAAAUCAUAACUCACUGUCUCGAUCAUCGAUA